AGUCACCAUCUCCCUCUCUCUUCUCUCUCUCUCUCUUUCUCUUACACUCAUAUAGGAAAACAAAAGGCACACCAAGAAAACCCUUUUUUAUCUUCUCAUAAAUUAAUAAAGUGGGUGUUAAGAUUGCAAAACCUAAUCCAAGAUCCUCCCACUCAAAGAAAGGGGUAGGCACUAUUCAAGAUCAGUAGUGAAGGAGAUCCGGUAAAAUGGCGAGAGAGAAAAUACGGAUAAAGAAGAUAGAUAACAUAACGGCGAGACAAGUUACAUUCUCCAAGAGAAGAAGGGGAAUCUUCAAGAAAGCCGAUGAACUUUCUAUUCUUUGCGAUGCCGAUGUUGCUCUCAUCAUCUUCUCUGCCACCGGAAAGCUCUUCGAGUUCUCUAGCUCAAGAAUGAGAGACAUAUUGGGAAGGUAUAAUCUUCAUGCAAGUAACAUCGACAAAUUGAUGGACCAACCUUCUCUCAAUCACCAGCCUGAGAAUUGUAACCUUUCCCGACUAAGUAAGGAUAUCGAAGACAAAACCAAGCAGCUACGAAAAUUGAGAGGGGAGGAUCUUGAAGGAUUGAACUUAGAAGAGUUACAGCGGUUGGAGAAAUUGCUUGAAUCCGGACUUAGCCGUGUGUCUGAAAAGAAGGGCGAGUGUGUGAUGAGCCAGAUUUCUUCACUUGAGAAACGGGGAUCGGAGUUGGUGGAUGAAAAUAGGAGACUGAGGGAGAAACUAGUGACGUUGGAAAGGGCUAAAAUGAUGGCGUUUAAGGAGGCUAUGGAGACUGAAUCGGCGACCACAAACAUGUCAAGCUACGACAGUGAAGCUCCUCUUGAGGAUGACUUCUCCGACACUUCCCUGAAGCUUGGGCUUCCAUAUUGGGAAUGAGAGAUACAGCAGAGUUGACUUGGAUGGGAUGAAAGAAAUUCCAAGUCCUCCUUUUCACGUUCUUUCCUUUGAAUAAAGCUAAGUGUUGAAAGAAAUUGAGAUGGGAAGAAUAAAUUCUCAUUGCAUUGUGGAGACUUAAAGCAAGUUUCUGACGUUGUGUUCUUGUUUUUUUUAACUAGAUAUUCUGUACCCAGAGAAAAAUCAAUGGGCUUGUAUGCAUUCUUUUAUCUUUUUUUUAACCACCCAUUUAUGUUGCUUAAUUAGUUCAGAAUGUCAAACAGAGAUUUGUUUUUUCCUUUCAAUUUUGCCGUUGUUCUAUGUUUUA